AUGAAGUGUCUUCUCCAUGUCUCCUCCCUGCUCUGUAUCAUUAAAGAUGAAGACUCCGCUUCCUGUUUCUCUGUGGUCAAUAGAACGUGCUGGUCUGACCCCCCUCCUCCUUUCAGGGCGGAGCCUGGUGGAGUCCGAUGGUUGACACCAGGUCUGAGGAAGUAUUCCUGUGAACUCACAAUCGACACAAACACAGUGAACAGACAGAUCAAACUGUCUGACAACAACAGGAAGGUGAAACAUGUGAAGGAGGAUCAGUCAUAUCCUGAUCAUCCAGACAGAUUUGACCAGUGUCCUCAGUUGCUGUGUUCAACUGGUCUGACUGGUCACUGUUACUGGGAGGUUGAGUGGAGAGGAGGGGUUGAAAUAUCAGUGAGUUACAGAGGAAUCAGCAGAAAAGGAAACAGUAAAGACUGUGAGUUUGGAAAGAACGAUCAGUCCUGGAGUCUGUACUGCUCUGAUGUUGGUUACUCUGUCUUUCACAAUGACAGAAAAACAUCUGUCUACUCCUCCUCCUCCUCCAUCUUCUCCAGGUUGUUCUCCUCCUCCUCUGUCCCUAACAGAGUAGCGGUGUAUGUGGAUUGUCCUGCUGGCUCUCUGUCCUUCUACGGAGUCUCCUCUGACUCACUGAUUCACCUCCACACCUUCAACACCACCUUCACUGAACCUCUGUAUCCUGGGUUUGGGUUCUGGUCGUUUGGUUCCUCAGUGUCUCUGUGUUGAACGUAGCAGAGAGAGAAACGUUCUCACUGUUGAACAGAUAGUUCAGUCUCUACAUGUCUGUCUCUUUCACUCAAACACAUUUUCAGGUUCAUGAGUUAAAACAGGUUAUUUUUCUCUCUUCUAAAUGAUUCUUGUAAACUUCUUUCUUUAAAGAUGAAGCUACGAUUAUUACAGGAUAAACAUGUUGACUUUUAUUUUUAAGAUUCCGUCAUUUUCUUGUCUUUUGUCUUUUUAAAGUCCAAGCACA